AUGCACCUCGUUGCCAUUGCUAUCAUCCUGGGUUGUCAGUGCCUGCGUCUGCACUGCAUCCACCUAAGUGAGUUGCCACAUCAGCCAGAGCUGCAUUUGCAACAACAGUUGCUGUUACUACUGGAGAGAAUACGCCUGGAGCGGCAGUUUGAUACGGUACUUGUAUACGGAAGAGCGCCAUGUGUGUUCCACACGGUGUUGCAGCAACUGGAGGUGCCCACAGUGCUGCUGACGAGUGGCAGCAGCCACAACGAUUGGGACUUCAACAGCGAGCCUCUCUUGCUGAGCUGUGGCGCCACCGCCGAGCAGGAGAAGAACUCGCGCACCUUGUUGAAGUUGCAGCAUGCGAGGCGUCUGAUUUACCUGGAGGCGGACGUGCAACCGCAGUGGCUCUGCGAGGAUUACUUUCAGCGGGAACAGCACAAUGUGGCAAUGUUGGAUGAUCAAUUUGCCACCUCGGGCAACUUUUAUAGUUGCCGCUGCUUCCAGCAGGAGAACCAUGUGCAACUCAUGUUGCAGGACUCCAACUCGAUUUAUGUGCGACAGUUUGGAAACAUGAAAGGAGCAAUCAUUCGGAGCGAGGCAGAUCAGCUGUCUCCACGCGCCAUGAUCUAUCGGGAUGCAAAAAGUGGCAAGAUUCGUAUGAUCGGCUACGUAGCAAAUCUGGUGAACACGUUCGUGCAACGCGUGAAUGCCACAUUGCAUCUGAGAGAGGACUACGUGAUCGGAAAGACUACAUACUACGGCGAUAUCGUGAAUUGGACGCGACAGAAUAAACUGGACGUGGCUGCCACUCUGGGUACAACUAUGCUGGAAAAGAACUUUGAUAUUCUCAGUUAUCCGUAUGUGCUAAGCUCCUACUGCGCCAUGAUUCCAGUGCCAGACUCAGUGCCUCACAGAGAGAUCUACGCCGUGAUUGUGCAUCCUUUGGCGCUAGGUCUUCUGGUCCUAUUCUUUCUCAUCUUCUCUCUACUGCUCAUCUACAGUGAGAAGCUAUCCUGGCGGAAUCUUAGCCUGGCCAACGUUCUGCUCAACGAUCGCUGCUUGCGUGGACUGCUUGGACAGUCGUUUCCAUUGCCAGAGAAUCCCAGUCGAUAUCUUAAAGCGAUUGUCUUUCUUAUAUGCUUCACUAGCAUCAUGACGACCACCAUGUACGAAUCCUAUUUGCAAGCAUACUUUACACAACCGCCUCUAGAGCCUAUUCUGCGCAGCCUCCAGGAGGUGCGUGAAUCUCCCUACAGGAUUGCCACUCAUCGUCGUGAGGCUAAUGCGCUCCUCAAAAGUCGCAACCUGACCACGGAUAAUGGAACAAAUCUCCACAUCGUAGAAACCUGGCAUGAGUUUGUUCAACUACGUGACAACUUUAAUACCAGCUUCGUUUAUCUGGUAACCGAAGCCCGCUGGAGAACCUUCGCGGAGCAGCAGCGUUUCUUCAAGCAUCCAAUCUACUUUUACUCCGAUGACAUUUGUAUCUAUCGCAACACGUACUUGUGCGUCCCACUUCGUCGUCAUUUGCCAUAUCGGGAGCUCUUUGAGGAACACAUGCAACUCAUGCAGGAGUUUGGCAUGUUGCAGUUUUGGAUGAGCAGAAGCUACUUUGACAUGGUCCAGUUGCGUCAAACUGCUCUUAAGGACUACAGCAAUCCCAAACCAGUGAAGGAAGGUCUUUAUCUCAGAGAUCUCACCUGGAUUCUUUGCUUCUGCUUGGCAGGGCAUCUUUUUGCUUGCUUGUGCUUCGCCAUCGAAUUAUACAGGGGAAGAGAGAGAGAGCGUAGGGUAAUUCUUCCGCACCGAAUGACAUAA